AAGAACACCAUGUUCUUUGUACCAACCCUGACAUUUUAGUACAAUAUGAAAAUCCACUAGAUAGCUUCUUUUCAAACGUCAUUUAACGUAGUGAACAUGGGUAAGGUAAAGUGCUCAGAAUUGCGUACAAAAGACAAAAAAGAGCUGACCAAGCAGCUCGAUGAGCUCAAAACAGAGCUUACCAGUCUUAGGGUGGCCAAAGUGACCGGCGGAGCCCCCUCAAAACUCUCCAAAAUCCGCGUCGUAAGGAAAGCCAUUGCCCGCGUGUACAUUGUCAUGCACCAGAAGCAAAAGGAAAACUUGAGGAAAUUGUACAAAAACAAAAAAUACAAGCCUUUGGACUUGAGACCAAAGAAGACCCGCGCUAUUCGUCGUGCUCUCUCCAGCCACGAACAGAAACUCAAAACCCCCAAGGAAAUCCGCAAGCGCUCCAUCUUCCCACCAAGGAAAUUUGCGCUCAAAGCAUAAAUUUAUGGUUAGAAUAAUAAAAAUUUCCUAAAAAAUUA